AUGCUAAGCCGGAUAGUUGUUUCAGUGUCUGCUGUUUCUUCUUCCUCUUCAACAUAUCCUUCUCCAUUUUUGUGCAAACUAAACCCAACAAUCCCAAAAGUUUUGGGUCUAAAAGGACUCUCUCAUAACUUCACAAACUGUACCACAUGGAACAAAAAUUUGAACUUGAAUAGAAAGUGCAGUGCAAGAAUGGAGAAUUUCAAGACCAAAGCAGCAGCAGCUCAGCCUUUAACAAACGCAGAUGAGCUCAUUGACUCCGUUGAGACUUUCAUCUUUGAUUGUGACGGAGUUAUAUGGAAAGGAGAUAAACUGAUUGAUGGAGUCCCACAAACUCUUGAUAUGCUCCGUUCAAGGGGGAAGAGACUAGUUUUUGUUACAAACAAUUCAACAAAGUCUAGGAAACAAUAUGGUAAAAAGUUUGAGACACUCGGUCUUGAUGUCAGUGAGGAAGAAAUUUUCGCAUCAUCUUUUGCAGCUGCGGCCUAUUUGAAGUCAGUUGAUUUCCCGAAAGAUAAAAAGGUUUAUGUGGUUGGUGAGGAUGGCAUCUUGAAGGAGCUUGAGCUUGCUGGAUUUCAGUAUCUUGGUGGGCCAGAAGAUGGUGGAAAAAAGAUAGAGCUGAAGCCUGGGUUUCUUAUGGAGCACGAUAAGGAUAUUGGGGCAGUUGUUGUUGGAUUUGAUCGCUAUUUCAACUACUACAAAGUCCAGUAUGGAACACUCUGUAUAAGGGAAAAUCCUGGGUGUCUCUUCAUUGCUACAAAUCGUGAUGCAGUCACCCAUCUUACAGAUGCUCAGGAAUGGGCAGGUGGUGGUUCUAUGGUUGGUGCUUUUGUUGGUUCAACUCAGCGUGAGCCACUGGUUGUGGGAAAGCCCUCAACUUUUAUGAUGGAUUACGUAGCAAACAAAUUCGGGAUUCUCAAGUCACAGAUAUGCAUGGUUGGGGACAGACUGGAUACUGAUAUUCUGUUUGGACAAAAUGGUGGUUGCAAAACUCUUCUUGUUCUCUCCGGUGUGACCUCAUUGUCAAUGCUUCAAAGUCCAAGCAACUCCAUCCAACCAGAUUUCUACACCAACAAAAUUUCUGAUUUUCUUUCACUCAAAGCUGCAGCUGUGUGA